AUGGGACACAGCUGGAAUUCCUACUACUACCACCAUGUUAAGCAUCAUCACGUGGAGAACAAUGGUCCGGAUGACCUGUCUUCCACCAUGCGCUACCAACGAGACAAUUUCGUUCAUUUUUUGUGCUAUGCAGGGCGAUUUUACUUUCUCAUCUGGCUCGAUUUACCGUUAUACUUUCUCAGGAAGAACAGAACAGAAUUGGCGGCAAAGGCAGCGCUAUGGGAACUAGGGUGGUACGCAACGCUGUGGCAUUUAUACAGUCUGAACGCAAAGGCUACCCUUGUUGCAUUUAUCCUACCACUACUAGGGCUUAGGGCGGGCCUCAUGGUCGGGAAUUGGGGUCAGCACGCCUUCGUCGAUAAGGAAAGGCCAGACUCUGACUACAGGUCCAGUAUUACAUUGAUAGACGUAUCGGCAAGUGUUAGCAAUCGCCAUUGCUUCAACGAUGGCUACCACACAUCGCACCACCUCAACCCGCUGCGACAUUGGCGCGAGCACCCUGUGUCUUUCAUAGGGUCGAAGGCAGAAUACGCGUCGCAGGGUGCUCUUGUGUUUCACGGCAUCGAUUUUAUGAUGAUAACGGUCCGUCUACUCCUGAAGGACUACCGUACCCUGGCGGAAUGUAUGGUCCCAAUUGGUAGCCAAAUAUCAAUGACCAUGGACGAGCGAGUGGAGUUCCUAAAGGGUCGUACACGGCAGUUCACGGAGAAAGACAUACAGCGGAAGCGUUAG